AUGGCGCCUGCCGGCCGACAAAGGAUGAGAAACGCGCCUGUUCCACACCCCUAUGCCCUUCCCUUCCAUGGCCCCAUCAUGCGCUACGCGCACGACUCCGCAGGGGAGCGCAGUCUGCCCCACAGAUCAACCACCCUCCCACAGCCCGUCCUGCCCCUCCUGGCGGAGGCGCUCUUCGCUCACCCAGCAGCGCACCUCCCACCGCAGCCCUUACGCCUCCGCGCGUCCAAUCAUCUCCCCCCGUAUCUCCGCUCUCCCCCCAUCCCACCCCUGCCCCAACGCCCAGAGGCGGCGCUGCUGUCGCUGGCGGCAGCGCUGGGCGGGCAUGCGGCGUUCCGGUGGGCGGGGUGGGUGAAUCAGUCGCCGGGGCUGUCGGUGCAGCAGAGCAAGCCGUGCGUGCAGUUCUGGGAGUUCCUCUCCUGCGACUCGCACGGCCACGUCUCCAGCAUCAACAUUGCCAAUCCUACUCUAGCAGUCAUCAAUGCAUCGUGGGCCAAUCAGAAGACGCCAGGUGGCUUAAAGGGGUCGAUCCCCUGGGAUUCCCUCACGGCGCUGGAACACCUGCAGGCCGUUGAUCUGUCGGGCAACUCCAUCUCUGGCUCUCCGUUCACUGCUGCCAUCUCCAAGUUCACCGCGCUCAGAGACAUUGAGGGGGAUGAGAGUGAGGGGGAUGAGAGCGAGGGGGAUGAGAGUGAGGAGGAUGAGAGUGAGGGGGGUGAGAGUGAGGCGGAUGAGAGUGAGGGAGAUGAGAGCAACGGCGUUGAGAUCGACUCAAAAGUCCAUCUUUUCCCACCACGCUCACUGCAUGCAUCCCCGCCCUCUGAACCCCCAACGCACUUCUUAAACCCUUCACGCACCCCCCGGAACCCCCAUGCACCCCACUCUCCUCGCCUUCUCUUUCUUCCUCCCCCUCCCUCCCCCGCCCAUCUCCCUCCGUCUGCCCUUUUUCUCUCACCUCCCCUUCCCCUCUCUCCCCCCCCCCCCCCCCCCUCCCUCCCCCCUCUCUCCCGCCUCUCCCCCAUGCCCAACGCCCAUCCCUCCGCGGCAGCCAGCUCGCCCGCAACGCCCUGGAUGCGCCUCUGGGGGGCGAGCUCUCCGCACUCUCCAACCUGCAGAAGCUCUCUGGGCGGGGCUGCGGUGGUGGUAGGGGCUGCUUUGGUUGGCGGGUCGAGAGUGGCAGCAGGGGUGUCGGUGUGCGGUGCUGCUGCCGGCCGGGGCAGCGACCUGAGUGGUAACCGCAUUCCCGGCGCCCUGCCCGCAGGCCUGUCCGCCCUGACAGCGCUGGAGAUUCUCUCCCUCGCGUCCAACCAGCUUGCUGACUCCUUUCCCUCAGGCCUCUCCGCACUCACUGCCCUCAAACACCUCGAGUUGGGCAGCAACACCUUCAGCGGGCCCCUGCCCGACAGCUGGAGCGCUCUCUCCGGCCUGCACCUGCUCGACCUGGCUAGUGCAGGAGUGCUCACUCCGCCACCGGACUCAUGGGUGGCACUCGCAUCACUCGAGAUCGUCUCGCUGCACAGCAACAACCUCACUGCACCCUUCCCCGCCUUCCUGCUGCAACUGCCCAACAUCUCCGACAUAACGCUAUUCAACAACAGCCUAUAUGGCAGUCUGCCAGCCACCCUCUGGAAUCCCACCAAGCUCACCUUCGUCGAGGUGUCCUCCAACUACCUGAACGGGUCGGCCCCUCAGCCUCCUGCCGGCCGCUCUGCUCAGUUCAGCCACAGUAGCAACUGCCUGGACCAGGCGCCCUCCCAGCGCCCCACAGACCAGUGCUCGCGCUUCUACUCCAACCUGCCCGCUCUCAUGCAAUCUGGUACCCCUUCCCCCUCCCCCACUCUCCUUGGCACUGCUGCUCGCGCUUCUACUCCAACCUGCCCGCCCUCAUGCAAUCCGGUAGCCACUCCCCUUCCCCUCCCCGCCCCUCUCCCCGCCCCUCUCUCCGCCAUCCCCCCCUCCCCUUCCCCCCCCUCCCCUUUCCCCCCUCUCCUGUCACCCCUCGUCGUUGCUUCCACAGUGUAA